AUGGUGCAGGUAAGAAAAACCAUUCACAAGACCAAAAGUUUCUUUCACAAAACUCUAAAAAAUUUCAGGUCUUUUCUCUCUGGAGGAUACCAAAAACUUCCAAGAUCUCUUUCCUUCAGUCCAUUCCUUUGUAACAUUGACAAUGCAAAAACUUACACAAGCGACCAAUUCUACAACGAGUUCUAUGAUCUCUUGCAGUCUGAUCUCAGCACAAUGAAGGUGAUUGCUAACAAUAACAACACCAAAUCAAUGUCAAAAGAGCCUGCAAUGGAAGAUGCUGCGAAAAACGGAAACUUCACGUGUAUUGCAAAGCAAAGUCCACAAAAGAGUACUCAUGACGUCACAGAAAAAUCAAAGAUGAACAAAAGUAGCUCUUCGCAAUCACAACUGAGGAAAAAGGGAGCUCAUGUCUUGGCACAGAAGAUGAAGGAAUUAGAUAUGAUGGAUUCAGGUGAUCUUGAACAUGUACUAGACAUAGAAGAAGCGCUUCACUACUAUUCUCGCCUUAAAAGUCCGGUUUAUUUAGACAUUGUGGACAAGUUUUUCAAUGAAAUAAAUUCAGAGUCUAUUGUUCCACAACCCUCUAUCAGCUUCAAAAACUCAAAGGAACGACUUGCUCCAAUUCAAUUACUUAAAAGAUAA